GGACACUACUUCAGACGUCUUCCGGUCAUUUUUUACUAUCACAUUCCUAUCAUGGCCGGCUCACCUGCAUCUGGCUCCAAGCCAGAGAAGACAAUGUCUUCACGUCUUCUUACAAUGAAAUUCAUGCAACGAUCUGCCGCUACGGCUGCCGCUAAAGAAUCCUCUCAACAGCCUUCCGCUGGAGAUUCAAAUACCUCCACCCCAAAACGCCCCAGAGUCGCUCCCGGUGAACACUCUCAAAGCCCCGCUGGUACACCUUCAAAUGAUCUUGAGGCCAUUUCGGCUGCUCUUGCGGAGGAGGAAGAGAAACGCCGUGAGGCAAUCUUACGCCAGGCAGCGGAAUCAGGUGAAACAGAAUGGGUGCUUAAUUUUAGUCAAGAAAAUGCUGUGAACCAAUAUGCACCGCCGCCCUUCAUCGUGGCUGAUGAUUCUCUCGACGCGGAUAAUGAUGAGGACUUAGCUUAUGGAGGAAGACAGGCCUAUGGAAACUUCAAGCGGAAGAAGAAUACUGUGAAACGUGAUGCGGGCGGUAAUGAGCCUGAUGCCAGUGAAGACGAGGCUGAAGACGGGGAUGACGUCGACUCGAUGAUCAACAAAGCCAAGGCGGCUUCGAAACAGCAUUCGAAGGUCAAGCUCUCGCAACUAACAAGCAUUUCUGGUGGGCGUCAAGGCACCGUUGGAGGAAAUAAGUCACAGAAGAAACGCAAACACAAAUAAAUUAUUUGGCCUCAGAACUCUUGUCCCCUU